CUGCGUUCACGCCAGUGUCUUCUCUUUCCUUCGUUAUGGUUUUCUAAUACAAGUAACUAUCGAAAUUUGACAUGUAGAGACAAUUUACAGUAAUGGGAAAUUGUUACGAUUGUUUUAGCCCACAACCAGAGGUUGAAACCCCGGAUCCGGAAAUUAGAAGACGACAGCAAGAGGAGGCUGCGUUGAAACGACAGCAACAAGCUGAUGGUCGCGGAGUUAAGGAUCCAGAGAGACUCAAGAGACAACAGAAACGAAGAGAGGAUGCUGAGAGGGAGGCUUUGAGGCAUGGUCCUUCUGAUGGGGGAUUGAAGUGGACUGUUGGAUAACUUUAGGACCAGGACAAUCCCUCAAGAUACCCUUGCAUGAGAAAUUUCAAUUCAAAGUCUUCUUUUGGAAAUAUAUAUCUAAUGUAAGCUUUAAGCUUUUGGAAAAGUCAAUUUGGUUUAAAAAAUGUAUAUCUAUGUAUAUCUAAAUCUCUAGUAACAGUGUUACUACUGAUCAGAAACAAUUUUUACUUACAAGUAAAUUUGAUUUCUGGACUACUUCACUCAGGUGUUGUAGGAGGCUGAGUUACAAAAUAUUUAGAGUAUAAUUAGAUAUCCAUAUUUAUCAGCCAGUGGGUAAACAUGACAUAUGCCAGGCUUGAAGGUUCUAGCUCUAGGUUUCUUUGAAAUUGGGUCUAAGUCCACUGAUAAUCUGGUGUUAUCCCUUAAGUAGAUAAAAAUGUCAAUUGGCCACCAUAAAGAAUUUCCAAGGCUAAUAUUUCAAGCAUGAGCCCUUUAUUUUGUCAGAAUGGCUAGAGUUCAACCCAGGUUAACCCACUGUCUCUGCCUGUUGGUGAGCUACUGAACUCAUUUCUCACUAUUUGGACAAAGGUAUGGCACCUAUUGUCAAAUCUUUACCAUCAUACAUUAAAGACAGCCAAUGUGCACAUGAAAUUUUUUGCAAUAAUAAAAGUUAUAGGUAGGUAUAUGUAGUCAAAGUAGAGAGCUGCCAGCCAGAAAAAAUAACUUUCUGCUUUGUAAGUUACAUAGCAUGUUGUGUGUGGGUAUUUUUAAAGCUGAGGCUGUAAAGAAAUGUGUAUAAGAAAACAACAGACUGCUUAAAUCAAAGUUUUUUUUAGUCACUUUCAUCCCUACUUGAAUGAACACAACAUUCCCUUUGGCUGAGACUGCCCAUUUGCCAAUAGACUGUCUUGAUUACCUUGCAAGGUAGAAGUAAAAGGCACUUAAGCUGUAAAAAAAAUGGUAAUGUGAAAAUUGUAGUUAAAAUGGGUAUAGAUUGUUGCAAAUUAUUAUGCAAAGAAAGGGUAUUUAAAUUUAAUUUAUUUCUCACUGUGAUGCUCAGGACUUAUUAACAACUGCAAGAAACUUAACAGUUUAAAAUUCAAAUCAGUGCAUUCUUGCUUUGUAAUGAGUUCUGGUUUCUUCUCUGUGAGUGAUGGUUGAAUUGCCUUAAUUUCAAUCCAAAUCACAAAUGAGAAUUGAAUUAUUGAAGAAAAAUUAUUAAUUUUUUAGAAAAUUAGUUGGGUAAAGUAUUUAAAAUCCAGUAUUUAUCAUGUGUGCCAAACAGUUGUAUGCAUUAGGUCUAACAUUGUAGAAAAACCAUAAAAUGUUUAAAAGUGAUGUCACUUACUAGUUAUCUCUGAUCAGUUUUAAAAAUAUACAUGGCCAGGAAUAAUUUUGCAGGCAUGUUAGAAUAACAUUGUAAGCUAGUUUCACUUGACAAAUAAAGAAGCCUCUAAUGUAUUCUUUACUGUUGAAUAGUUGGCAUCAAGUGGUCAGAGGACAAAAGAAGUGUUGAGGGAAACACCAGUCUG